AUGGCCGGGUGGCUUACACCACAGGUAAAAAAUCUUGAGUCAGCGAAGGAGUUGUCGCCAAAUGUUGCUGUCCGUCACCAUCUUCUAUCAGAUAAGAACACGGACUACCGCAAUGCCCACCAACGGACGCGCAAACAGACAGGACUUCUCAGUGCAGUCAAUCGAACACGCGAAGUCCGCUACUGGCGCUGCCUUCCUUCGACCUUCGAGUUGGUCCGAGGAAGGAAACUCCACGUUCCUCUCAACGGCGCACUUACGAUCGUGUGUGUUCAAACACUGCGAUGA